ACUUCUUCUUUCCCAUUCAAACCUCACUGUGCUUCACUCAUUUUCCGUUUUUCACCCGGAAUACAAGCUGGAAUAAAAAGGGAUUUUCCUGGAAAUGCAUGUUCAAGGGUAUUAACUGUUUGGACUUAUGUGACAAAUGGACCACAGAUCAACACAUCACUGAUUACGCUUCUCCCAGUAUUUAAAGGAUUACCUUUUUUCCUCUGGUCAUUAUGAUCUAAGUGUUGGAUCCAAACUGAUUUAAUAAACCUUCCUCACCUGAUUAAAACCUACUGGUUUAUACAUGUUCUGGCCCACGGUUAAAGGGACACUGGCCAACAGUUCUCAACAAUGUGACUGGAUCUAGAGGCGGCCAUCUGACCUACCAUGAUGGCAUCUGGUCUGUCACCGUCCACAGACCCAUGGCUCAACAUCAGCAGCUACGUCAAUAACAGCAACAACGGCUGGGGUGGCCUCCUUGAUGGUGACUCGCUGAGGAGCAAUCAAACACUGAACCUCCAUGACCACGUCCACAACGCCGUGGUGGGAGUUUCUCUGGGACUCCUUUCUCUCCUCACCAUCAUUAUGAACCUGCUUGUUCUCUACGCCCUGAAGAGAGAGAAGAGCCUCCACACCGUUGGAAACCUCUACAUUGUCAGCCUGUCUGUGGCAGAUCUGAUUGUAGGGACUACAGUUAUGCCUCUGAACCUGGUGUAUCUAUUAGAGGAUGAAUGGAAGCUGGGCCGGGCUGUCUGCCAAUUUUGGCUUAUUAUGGACUAUGUGGCAAGCACAGCCUCAAUUUUCAGCUUGUUCAUCCUGUGUUUGGAUCGGUACCGCUCUGUCAGACAGCCGCUUAAGUACCUAAAGUAUCGGACGCGCAGAAAAGCCAGUGUGAUGAUUUCUGGAGCCUGGCUGCUGUCGAUGAUGUGGAUUAUUCCAAUUUUAGGAUGGAGGUCUUUCACACAUGUAGACCUUAAACCUGAGGAGGAGAACAAGUGUGACACGGAUUUCCGCUUUGUCACAUGGUUUAAGGUUAUUACGGCCGUCUUCAACUUCUAUGUACCCUCAAUUUUGAUGCUAGGGUUUUACCUACACAUCUACUUGGCUGUGAGACAACAUCUGAGGGACAGGGAAAGAAUCAUCCAUCCUACCAGUUCAUUGGACAAUGGGAAAGGACAAAAUGUUAAAACGCCCGAGAAAAAUGACUCCAAAUCACCCAAGAGGGAGCGUAAGGCUCCAUUCAAACUCUCUCAAAUACGACGCUUGCUGGACCAGAACACUCUAGAUCAGACAUAUUCCCUUGAAGAUGCUGAUAAAACCAAAACUGCCCUUUUUAGAUCUCACAGAAAAAUUGGUAUAAAGUGCCAGCAGACGUCAUUGUUUGCUAUGACAACAAAACGACUCAGAAUUGCACGAAAGGGCAAAAGGUGCUCCUUGUCCCCUGAGGAGAAGCAACCAGAUGCAGAGAUUCCCCUGAGGCGUCUCUUGGUUCCACAGGAUGUAACUUACGAGAGGACUAAUGAGAACAAACUCCAGGCAUCUGUAAACGAAUGUCACGUCACAGUGCCAAACUUGAAAAGCGGGGUCUGUGAUAUCAGUCAGGUUUCAGAGGUGCAGAGAUACACACCUGGGCUCUGUAAGAGCUACGACCCCAGGCACGUGCUACCCUGGACUGACGAUGGGGUUGAAGAUGCCAAAUUGGACCCAGCUAACGUGGUGACUGUGAGACAGACGUGGCAAAAGUUUAUUGACCAAUCACGUCAGCGUGUCCAAAGCCUGAGGAUCCAUAAAGAGCACAAAGCAGCCAAGCAGUUGGGCUUUAUAAUCGCUGCUUUUCUGUUGUGUUGGAUACCGUACUUUAUAGCUUUCAUGGUCAUGGCAUUCUGCAGAGAGUGUGUGCACCAUGACCUUCACAUGUUCACCAUAUGGCUAGGUUACAUCAACUCCACUCUCAACCCUUUCAUAUACCCGCUCUGCAAUGGCAACUUUAAACGGGUCUUCAAAAAUAUUCUGAACAUUCGUUUGUGACAGACUGUGACAGGAAAAUAAGCAGAACAAAAUCAUAGGUGUCUAAAUGCUGCUGAUAUUCACUGAUGAGGAGGGGACAACAGUCUAAAAGUUGAAUGAAUUUACCACGUUAGACACUCUCGAAGGCUUUCAAAGUGUAGAUAAAACCCUAUGUGGAUUUUGAGUAUCAGUUACGUCUGUUUGUUCUAGAUCUUAUUUUUGUAACUUACUGUACUUCUCAGACUCAUGGCAACAGUUCAGGAUGACGUCUGAAUGUAAUGUUAUUUUGUCCAUAUGCUACAGUGAUAAUAAAUUGUGUCUAGGACCAGAGGCCUUUAAACUCAAAGGAAUUUGAUCUCCGAACCAGGGAAACAGGAGCACAAAUUUAUGGUCUUGGCUCUGGUGCAGAAGAAAGGAAAACUAUGUUUAAAGUGUGUUUUUAAAGAACAUCUUUUUAUUUAAUUAUUUAUUUUUUGCACUAUCAGUGCAGAGAAACGGAAAUUUGAUGUGAUACAAUGGGAUGCUGGUAGAAAAUAUUUAACAUUUUACAAGCACUGCCAUUCAUUUUUGAGUAUUGUUGUCACUUGUCACAUUGUUUUCUCAUCAUUAAAACUGGAUAUGAGACAUCAGUUAGUCCAGGAAAAACACAAAUCUUGGCUAGUGUCUACUAAGCUGAUUUGG